GCGGAGUUCCAUUGCUAUCUUCAAUCAUGUCGAGGCGGGCAGCAUGAAGGUCUCGUCAUUGAUUUUGCUGGAAAGGGGAGAAAUUGUGCUUUAUAAUGGUAUUCAUAUUACAGUUGAUCUGGAAGUAUUAAAGCGCUAAAAUAAGGUCAAGUGUACGGAAUAUAGCGAUGUACAAAAGUUCGAUGUUUAGUUAGCUUAGCUAGCUGCAAGGAAACAACCAAUGAACAUAACUUAUUCAUUGCCUCCCGACGUGGAGCCCAGUUUCGUAAUAUGACCAUAUUCCCGAGCAGCUUGCCGUAGUUUUGAAGUAAUCACGAAAAAACAGGCCUUAUUUGAGUUUAUUUCCCACCCUGCCAGCUCCUAUUAGUUCCAUAGAUAUUUUGUACAACGUCGACUUCCUACCUAAUACAUAGCGUCCUGUCAGCCUGACUAGCCUCGAAGUCACUCGUUUUAUCAUUAUCUCAGUAUAUUAAUCAUAUUCCUAUAGCUUUUUUAUAAUUCUUGUUGAAAAUUCAGUUUAUCCGUUCAGUUAGUGAUUUUUGCAAUUCGAUUGUGUUCUGUGUCUUUUGUCUCUUAGCUAGCUAUUAACGCCCUAACUAGUAAGGUGGCUAGCAAUUAGCCAACGCCCUCCCUUACCAACCAUGGCAGUGUUAUACUUAAGGCGCGUCCAAGAGCUGCCAAAUAUAAGUGAGGGAUGUACAUCGUCUGGCCAAGACAAGUAGCAAAGCACUGAACUUCAAGUUGGAAAAAGGACUCAAACUUUGUCUCCGGUUACCUUUACAACUAUGAAGUUUUGAACAGGGACAGAGUGACAGGAGAGGUCAGCAUAAGGGCUUGCUGCGACAGGUCCAUGAGGGAAAAUGAGAAACCACACAGUUUGUGUAGGGUGACGCAUAGUUCACCAUAAGGAGACCCCACCAUUCCCUUCACUGCCCCCGAAUAGCUACAGACUGGAGAGCAACUUUUAAGGCUGCACAUUUGUGUUCAGUGAAGACCAUCUUCACAUAGACUAUUCAGCCUACCACUGAACAACACCUAAAACGGGAAGCUAUUUGAAUCCAAGAAAAUGGUGUCUGUAUCUGUGAUUGCCAUGGCAGUUGGAACUGGUACGGCGGCAGUGCUCAUUGCCCCUGUUGCUUUGGGAGCGAUGGGAUUCGGUGCUGCUGGGGUUGCAGCUGGAUCAACCGCAGCAGGCAUGAUGUCUUCUGCAGCCGUGGCCAAUGGAGGUGGGGUAGCAGCAGGGAGUCUUAUUGCUGCUCUACAGUCAGCAGGAGCUGCAGGACUCACCGGUGUGGCCACAGCUGCUGUGGGAAGUGUUGGCGCGGCAGCGGGUGGAGCGCUGGGAUGGGUGUCCUCUAAGUUCAGGGGGUGACCUCAAUAUUCAGCCGUAUUGACGCUGGGGUCUCAUCCUCGCUAUGAUUACAUUGAUAUUAAAAUUGAUUAUACUUCAAAUGUGUCUUUGUCCCCAUACUGUAUGUGCUGAGCUUUAGGAUAGAGAAGUUGACUAUAGCAUAGUGUUGAAGCUACUGAAUGUUUCCUUUGAUUUCUGACUGAUAAAGAGGAUGUGUUGAUUAGUGAAUGUGAAAGAUCAGUGAGUAUUGCAAUGCCUUGCUGAAGUAAAUAUAUUUUACAUUUGUCAA